AAAAGGCCGACGUUAACUCGAUCAUAGUGUCAUUCAAUUACGAGUGUCUUAGUAGAAGAGAAAUAGAUCUAAAAUGGCUCUUAAGGUAAUUAUUUUUGGAACUCUUUUGGCUUUAACCACAGCUAGUUACGCUCCAAUUGGCAUCACCAAAACCGUCGUUGACACAGAAUACGACCACAACCCCGAAUAUACUUAUUCCUACGGUGUUAAAGACGUUUUAACUGGUGAUUCUAAAAGCCAAUCGGAAACUCGUCAUGGAGACGUCGUCGUUGGGCAAUAUUCUUUAUUAGAUUCUGAUGGAACGAAGAGAACCGUUGAUUACACCGCCGAUCCUCACAAUGGAUUUAAUGCCGUUGUUAGUAAAACACCGAUUGUUGCACCAGUUGCUAAAGUUGUUGCCCCAGCUCAAGUUGUAGCUAAAGUUGUAGCUCCAACUUACUCAGCUCCAGUUCAAGCUUAUGCAGCUCCAGUUGAAACUUACGCAGCCCCAAUUCAAACUUACGCAGCCCCAGUUUCAACUUACGCAGCAACCAAAACCAUCGUACAAGGACCUACAGCGUACGCAGCUUCAAUUCCAUCCUACUCAGCUGCAAAAACCAUCGUUCAAGCUCCCACAGCAUACGCAGCUUCAGUCCCAUCGUAUGCAGCUGCCAAAACGAUUGUGCAAGGUCCUUCAGCAUACGCUGCUUACUCCGGAGUAGUCGCACCAGCUGUUGCUAAAGUGGUAGCUCCAGUUUACUCCUCCUUAGUAGCUCCAGCAGUAUCAAAAACGAUUAGUUAUGCUGCUGCCCCAGCAAUUUCGGCUUACUCCACCGGUGCGGUAAGCUAUGCAGCCCCAACUCUCGGUUAUGGAGUUCCAAAAUUGGCUUAUGCAGCUCCAAAUUAUUAUUCAUCAGCGGUGGGAAGUUACGGCUCCCCAUUAUUAGCUAAAAGCGUUAUUGUACCGGAAUAUACGGGAUACGCAUCACCUAAAUACGUCAAGUGGUAGAUUCAGGUCGAAGGAGAGAGAGAGACCGCCAAACAUUCCUCGUAUUAUUACUGUUACCGAUAGGCUUAGAAUAAUUAUAAAAAAUAAAUAAAUUAUUGCUGCAUUA